AGCGGCAGCAGCAGGAGGAGAAGGAAGAGGUGAUACAUCCCUGACCAAUAAACCUGCACGAGCCAACAUGGUCGUUGUGCGGAUCGUCGCGUGCCUGUGCCUGCUGGCGGGCAUCUCGCUCCAGGUAGACGUCGUCAAAAGUGGGAAAGAGGAGGCAGGAAAAGCCGGGAACUUCAUGGAAGACGGGCAAUGGCUGUCAACCAUCUCCCAGUACGGCAGGAAGAUCAAACACUGGAACCGCUUCAGAGACGAAGUUGAGGAUGACUACAUCAAAAACGUGGAGGAGAACAUGGGCUCUGAUGAGACCCUGGACACCACCAAGGACCCAUGCCAGAACGUGAAGUGCAGCCGCCACAAGGUGUGUGUCGCUCAGGGCUACCAGAGAGCCAUGUGUGUCAAUCGCAAGAAACUGGAGCACAGAGUAAAACAACCAGAGCUUCAUGAAAGCAGCUGUAAGCCAUGUCCUGUUGCUGCCUCCUCUCCAGUAUGUGGCUCUGAUGGACACAACUACGCCUCUGAGUGCAAGUUGGAGCAGCAAGCCUGCCUCACAGGCAAAGAACUCAACAUCAUGUGUACUGGCUUCUGCCCCUGUGCCACAACUCCUGGAACCGUCACAAAUGCUGACACAAAGCGUGAGAGCUGCACCGGCCAGGACCUGGCAGACCUGGGUGACCGCCUCAGAGACUGGUUCCAACUCCUUCAUGGAAAUGCCAAGCAGAAUAACUCUGGCAAGCUGAGAGCUGGCACCGCUUCAGCCCUGGAUAGGAGCCUGGUAGCCAGCUGUAAAGACUCCAUCGGCUGGAUGUUCACGAGGCUGGACACAAAUGGUGACCUGUAUCUGGACCACGCUGAGCUGGCUGCCAUCAACCUGGACAAAUACGAGGUCUGCAUCCGACCCUUCUUCAACUCCUGCGACAGCUACAAGGAUGGGAAGGUCUCCACAGCAGAGUGGUGCCUGUGCUUCUGGAGGGAAAAGCCACCGUGCCUCGCCGAGCUGGAGAGGAUCCAAGUGCAGGAGGCAGCCAAGAAGAAGUCGGGGACGUACGUCCCCAGCUGUGAUGAAGACGGCUACUACAGGAAAGUGCAGUGUGACCAGAGCCGAGGGGAGUGCUGGUGUGUUGACCAACACGGUGGAGAGAUGACGGGAACCAGAAUCCAUGGAAACCCAGACUGUGAUGAAGUGGCGGGAUACUCUGGAGACUUUGGGAGCGGAGUGGGAUGGGAGGAUGAAGAGGAGAAGGAGGUGGAGGACAACGGAGAGGAGGCAGAAGAGGAGGAAGAGGAGGAGGGGGAGGCAGACGAUGGGGGGUACAUUUGGUAGAACUGUCUGAUCCCUGGUGAAAGAGAGAGCCGAGUCAUAGCUGCUGGUCUGAAAAUCUACGGGAAUGGCUCUCUCCUGACAGCAAAGGAUUCUGGGAUGUGUAUCAUCCUGAUGGGAUAAGUGGUGCUGGUCCAGUGAUGACACAAUGACCAGUUUUUGUCUUAGAUAUGUGUAAUUGCUUCAUUCUCCUCUCUGUUUUUUGAGCAACAGAGCUUUUUGUUUUGCCGUCCUGAAACGGAGAAACCACCGACUACUGCGCCAUAAGUAGCUAAAGUCCAUCAGAGUUUAUAUCUCGUCUGAUUGCCAUCUAUGCAUAUAGAGAUUACCAGUAAUUUUGUAUUGUGUGAAAACUUAUUGAGUUUUACAGUUGCUGUCAUACAGGAAUCAAAGGAGUAGCUGACAUUUUGGAAAAUAUGCUUAUUUUCUUGUGAUAUCAUCUGUUGAAGUGCUUGAAACAUCUCAUUAUGAAGCUUAAAUGUAGAAAAAAUAUACAAAGGAAUUGCGGAUAUAAGUAUUUUUCUUUAUUAAUGGUUAUUCAAUUGCACUAAUCGCCCAUAUUUGUAUUUGGCAGUGUGGCUGUUCUGGGAUUCCCCUGCCCUUCCAUGAGCUUACGUGGAAAGCUUUACGAAGGAACAGGCAACGGUGACAACAGAAUGACAUUCAGAAGCAGAAUAAAGGAGGAGCUGGGUUGGAGGAGGGUUGCAAAAAGCAGCUCGCAGAGGGAGCAACAAAGCGUGGCCAAGCCAGAACAGUUUAAAUAUGGCAGCAUGAGUGCAAUCAGCCAAUAGUGUGCUUAGAGUAAAUCAGUUGGCUGUCAGCUGAUGAGGACUCGCUUGAGAUAAGAUGAUGCCUGCCUGAACUAGCAUGAUAUGCUCGAUUUUUAAAUUGCGUUUUCAUGAAGUGUUCAUACUAAAUAAAAUGUGUGUUUACCCCUGGAUUAUAUUCUAAGGCAGCAGUAACGGGUAAUUAUAUAAAAGCAAUGUAUCACAUACUAACUUGAAAGGAGUCCUUAACAGUGAUCAGCAAAAUUAUUACUACUCAGUAUUUCUCGUGAUUAAAAGCUCUAAAAAUCAAAAUGAAUGCUAUAUGGCCAACCAAACUACAAAUUAGCACAAAUUAGCAGUAAUUCGUUAGCAUGGUGGUACAUAUAGGUGCUACGGGGAUAGAUAUUUCCAAGCCUGGCAGCAGAUUGCAGCUCUCAGGCGCCCCUCUUGCAGACCACUACUGUAAGACAAUACAUCUGCAGAAAUACAGAAAUACAUGCUAAAAUUUUUAAAAUAAAAUUGGAUUCAACUUUUGGUUAGCAUUAGGGUAAGAGUGAGGGUAAGGUAAGGGUUAGGAUACCAAAGUUAAAAGUCAAAAACCAGACCUGCAAAACCUGAUUACAUAAGGUUUAAUAAAGCCAAGUAAACAUCUGCUUACAGGAAAAAACGCUUGUCCUCCAUGCAAACACUCCAACAUCACCAGUGUAGCUUAUAUACCUCAGUUGGCUGUGUUAAACAUGUAGAUAGUGGAGCUACAGAGAUGACGUAGCUAAAGCUAAACUCCCAAAGCAGCUAUAUAAGCUGUGUAUUUACGAUAUCUGCAUAGCGAAGUUAGCUUAAGCUAUGUCAGCUAAAGCUCCCAUUGCUAAAGCUAACUUAGCUAUAGCCUGCGUAGCUACAUAGCUAAGGUAGCUAAAGCUAGGCUCACAAAGCAGCUAUGUAAGCUACUAAGAUACACUAUCUACAUAGCUACCUUAGCUUGCUUGCUAAAUCUCAUGUUGCUAAGGCUAACUUUGCUACACUGGCUUAGGUAGUAACGUUAAUAAUAUAGCUAGCAUAUGUUAGCUUUAGCUUAAGCGAAUGAAGGUUAAAUGAGCCAAAGUUUGUGUAACUACUUCUAAAACAUAUCUUUACAGAAUUUAAUCCCAGAUUAGGCCUCUAAACUGUUUUUCUGUUUUAUUUAUGAAAUGUUUCUUAGUCUGUAAAGUUUGCAAUGCGGUUAUUUCAUGCAUAUAACUGACAGACUUUAUUUAUGAAUAAAGUUGGAAUUAAAAAAAAUCCACAACUAAAAAUAUGUUGUACCAGCAAAUUACAGCAUUUUCUUUCUAUGAUAUAAACUGUCCUAGAAGAAUGGUCUGUGAGAAUGGAUUUCAGAGAUGUAUGGUCUGCAGCCAGACCCCUCUCCAGAAGGUCAAUUAUAAGCUUGGCUUGUAAGUGAAUUUAGUCCUUAGGUUUUGUCUUCAGCUACUUGUGGAUUUGUGUCUACUAGAUGGAAGGUUUUAAGUUCUUCAGUUUUGAAGUCAGAUGUGUUUUGUCAUCUCCACAUUGGGAUUCAGGUCGCUGGAUUUAACCCUUACUAGAGGUAGUGUUUGAAAACCAUCUUGACAUUGGCUUUUGCCAGAACUAGAUGGUUUCAGUAUCAACUUGAUGGAGAUUUUUAACUUCAUUAGACGUUGCUUUUGACAUCAACCAGACAUUCGGUUUCUAUUUUAACUAGACAUUGGGUUUUGACUUUGCCUCUGGGAAUGGAUUUCUAAGCAUUUAACAAGUGGGUAUUGUUAUAGGUAUUGUUUUCUAUAUAUAGUGUUGCCAUAGUUUCAUAUUGAGUUCCAUCAAUAUGAGUGUUAAAGUUAAUAAGCAUAUUUCCCAAAACGUCUUUUCCUUCUGUAAAGCAGCUCUGUAUAAUGAUGUUAUGUAUUUCCAAACUGAUCCUGUAAAUAAACCCAUUGUAAAUGAUCUGUGAACAAAGGUUAGACGAUUUCAGGUAACCACAGUUUCAAGCUACCUUAACAUCAAAGGAUAAGCUACAACAGAUAAUAGUCGUUUUUAAAUCUUACUGUGUGUGCUUUACAAAUUAAGUGGAGACACAAACAGGACCUACGUAUAUUCCAAGUUGGAUAUCUUUUAUUAAAAACCCAUAGAAUGUACUUUACCGAUCCAAACUGCACCUACAGUAGAAACCACUAGCCGCUGUCCAAUGCUAACUCUGAAAUCAUGUUGAAGAAUGUGCCACAACUUUGUUUUGUUCUUUUUGUUUGCAACUUUAAAAAAAUGUAUUUUGUGUUUAUAAAAAAGAAAUGUGUGCAUUACUUGAAGUUCUGUGUGUAUACUUGAAUUCAAAUGUAAUUUUUUUCUAUGAGAUCACUGUUGCCAUGUCUUCAUUCAUGCUAUGAGUAGGUCUGACAUUUGGUAGUUUUUAGUAUUGCAUGUUAGUAAAUAAGAAUGUACUUCUAGGCUGAGCACUUUACUAAUAAAGGCACU